GAAUCUACAAUAAUCAAAAGUGACGUAAAUUUAUAUUUGGAGUUUAUUCACUGAAAUUAUUUUUGGUGGGCCCCGCCGCACUACACACUUUUUGCUCUUUUGGCGCGUGAUUGGGCGCUUUAUCACCACCGCGAAUUCAUCUCCAUAUAUAUCCACACUUUCUUCCUUCCCAUCGCGCCGACCUCCACUCUUCUUCCUCUUCUCUGCGCUUUUUUUCCGCUCCAAGUGUUAACCUAAAACGCAGAAAAUCUAGCUAGACUUUUUAACAUACAGCUGAUAGGCAAAGAUAAGAGCUUGUUUAGUGUUUAAUCUGUGUAAGAAAUGGACGCAACGGCCAUUUCGAUGUGUGCUGUCUCUUCAGCUUCCUUCUGCAAUUCCAAAAACCCUAAAUUCAGCCACGUACCCAGCCCUAAUUUGCCGUCCUCGCCACCGAUUUUCAGAUGCAUCUAUUCGCAGAGCCCUCAUCUUAAUUCCUGGAAUCCUCUCAAACCGGUUGCGAGAGCUGGUUUCGUUUGCUCGGCUGUGACCUCCGGCGGCGACACGCUCACCUCCGCCGCCGCUAAAGCGAAGGUGCAGAAACUGAUUCAGGAAUUCCAAUCGCUGACCGAUCCAGUCGACCGCGUGAAGAGGCUCCUGCACUACGCGGAGCUCCUCCCUUCUCUCGACGAUUCGAUGAAAAUCGCGGACAACCGCGUUCCCGGUUGCACCACGCAGGUGUGGCUGCGUGUGGAAAUGGACGGUGGUGGCAGAAUGAGGUUUUCGGCGGAGAGUGAUUCGGAGAUAACGAAAGGGUUCUGCGCGUGCUUGGUCUGGGCGCUCGACGGUGCCACGGCGGAGGAGGUUUUAUCCUUCAAAGCUGAAGAUUUCGGAGCGCUGAGCGUUGUGGGGUUGAAUGGAAGAAAGGUUGGUUACUCGAGCAGCAGGUCGAAUACUUGGCAUAAUGUCCUGAUUAGUAUGCAGAAGAGGACCAAGGCGUUGGUGGCGGAGCGCGAUGGCCGCCCCCGCGGCGAGCCGUUCCCGUCGCUGAUUGUGACUGCUGAUGGAAUUCAGGCGAAAGGAAGCUACGCUGAAGCUCAGGCUAGAUUUCUGGUUCCAGAUCAGGUAAAAAUUCAAGAGCUAGUGAAUUUGCUAGAGGAGAAGAAGAUUGGUGUUGUUGCUCAUUUUUACAUGGACCCUGAGGUUCAAGGUGUUUUAACUGCCGCUCAGAAGCUCUGGCCUCAUAUUCACAUAUCUGAUUCACUGGUCAUGGCAGAUUCUGCUGUCAAUAUGGCCAAAGCUGGCUGCAAAUUCGUCACUGUUCUUGGAGUUGAUUUCAUGUCAGAAAAUGUGCGUGCAAUCCUUGAUCAGGCUGGGUUUCCCGAGGUAGGGGUAUACAGGAUGUCCAAGGAGCGCAUCGGAUGCUCCUUGGCUGAUGCUGCAGCCAGUCCAGCAUACAUGGAUUACCUUGCGGCAGGCGCAUCUUCUGUUUCUUCUCCCUCUUUACAUGUUGUGUACAUUAAUACCUCUCUGGAGACGAAAGCCUAUACUCACGAAGUAGUUCCAACAAUAACUUGCACCUCGUCUAAUGUUGUGCCAACCAUUCUACAGGCGUUUGCAGAAGUUCCAGAUUUAAAUGUAUGGUAUGGACCUGACACCUACAUGGGAGCAAAUAUUAUGGAAUUGUUCAGACAGAUGACUGAGAUGAGUGAUGAAGAAAUUGUCAAUAUACAUCCAAACCACAACAGCAGAUCUAUAAAAUCUUUAAUACCCCGUCUUCGCUAUUUUCAGGACGGGACAUGCAUUGUUCAUCACCUCUUUGGUCAUGAAGUCGUUGGCAAAAUAAAUGAGAUGUACUGCGAUGCAUUUCUGACUGCACACUUUGAAGUUCCUGGUGAAAUGUUUGCUCUAGCAAUGGAAGCAAAGCAAAGAGGGAUGGGAGUAGUGGGUUCCACUCAAAAUAUAUUGGACUUCAUUAAAGAGAGGGUACAAGAGGCAUUAGAUAGAAAUGUCGAUGAGCAUCUUCAGUUUGUCUUAGGAACCGAAUCAGGAAUGGUGACCUCAAUUGUUGCUGCAGUACGCAAGCUGUUGGGAUCCGGGACACCCCAAAACGGAGCUAAAGUGAGCGUAGAGAUAGUAUUCCCCGUCUCAUCAGAGUCAAUAACUAGAACACCGAGCUCAUCACUGGGUGAAGCAGGGGACUUCUCAAACCUCCCAAUAAUACCCGGAGCUGCAAGUGGAGAGGGCUGCUCUCUUCAUGGAGGCUGUGCAUCAUGUCCUUAUAUGAAGAUGAAUUCCCUGGAAUCACUAUUGAAAAUUUGCCACAAUUUGCCACACGAUAAAGAUGAUCUUUCAUCGUAUGAAGCUGGGCGGUUUAGUCUGCAGACCCCAAACGGUAAACUGAUUGCAGACGUUGGCUGUGAGCCUAUUCUUCACAUGAGACAUUUUCAGGCUACAAAGAGAUUGCCGGAGAAGCUGAUCCAGCAGAUCCUCCACAAUCCUCUCAAUGGAAGAUAAAAAGUUUUCAGAUCAUGGGCAGAUAUGAGCAGAACUGCUACCAGUCUUUUGGUAAGAAAUACGUGUCAAAGGAACCUUACACCGCGAUUAUUGAUGGAUUCUUCGUCCACACCUUCGCCUCUUAUAUACAACUUCAAUGUUAUGGAAGCUCCAUCGCAUCUCCAUAAUGUUAUAUUUUUUUUUUCUUGUUCUUGGUUCUGGUAUGAUACAAUAGGAUGUUAGAAUUAGUGGAGUGCGUUGAUUGUUUUUGUUUUAUCUUGUAACAUUAAAAUCUAGAUUUAUUAUGAUAGAAGUUUGUUAGGCUGUGAUGAUGGAAAAGAAGAGCUCCGUUGGGAAUAAAAGCUCCAUAAUUUUGGGGAAA